UGACCCCCACCACCCAUCUUUUCCCUUCAACCCAUAAGGUCAAAACAACCCACUUUCCAUUCUCUCUCCAUCUCAAUCUCUUCCAUUUCCUCACUUCUACCACACUCAAUCUUUCAUUUCCAGCCAAACAAAACCCAAUUUUCUCUUUGCCCAUGCCAUCAAGAAACAAGAGGGAAAAAUAGUUCUAAUGUCCAUUUUUAGAAUUUGUUUGGAUGGGUUUCAGUAGGCAGAUAGAGUGGAUUUGUUGAGGAUGAUAGAUCUGAAAGAAAUGGGUAGCAAAUGGAGGAAAGCAAAACUAACACUUGGCCUCAACAUGUGUCUUUAUGUUCCUCCGGAUCCUGACGAAGAUUCAUCGCCUUCUUCUUCCAGAUUAUCCGACGCCGUUUCCCUCUCUCCUGCUUCUGCUCUUUCCCGUGGCUCCUCCACUCCCACCCCUUCCUCUUCUGGCCUCCGCUUCUCCAAAUACGGCGCCAAAUCCUCCAAGGUGUUACAUGGGUGCCCCGUUACCCUCAACGCCAGCACGGCGGGAUUUUACCUUCUAUGCGGCGAAGGGCCUCUUUCAAUUCAUCAGUCUCGUAGUCUUGUAGAAAUAGAUGUUGAGAGAAAACUAUGUCGCAUAUAUAGCCUCGCUGAGGCGAGGAGAGAGAUGCGCCACCGGUUACAUGGGCAAGGCUCAGAGAUUGAAAUGCGAGUUUGCGGUCGACGGAGGAGGGAGCGCAGGUAUCAAACGACUGGUCGAAUAGGCUAUUGAGGAAGAGGGUGGUGUGCGGCGACUUGGAGGAUGGCGCCGAUCUGGUUCGUGAAAAUAGAAAUGGGCAAUUUGGGUUUCUGAGCACCUGUGCAAUAUGCCUGACAGCCAUGAAACCAGGAAAGGGCCAUGCAAUCUUCACUGCAGAAUGCUCACAUUCUUUCCACUUCCAUUGUAUUACCUCCAAUGUAAAACAUGGGAACCAGAUUUGCCCAGUUUGCCGAGCAAAGUGGAAAGAAAUCCCCUUACAAAACCCAGCUUCUGAUAGUUCACAUGGAAGGAAAAAAAUCAAUGCGGUAGGUUGGCCCCGGGAUGAUGCCUGGAUGACUGUUCUAAGACGGCUACCUUCUGAUCGGCCUGAAGCAAACCGGAAUGUCUCAUCACUUCAUCAUGCCCAAGAACCACCUAUAUUUGCUGAUGAUGAAACCUUAGACCAGCAACAUGAGAUUGCUGAGGGAAAAGUGUGUAUUAUAGAUGGUGUUGGUGAUACCAAUUUUAUGGGAACAAUAGAGGUCAAAACAUAUCCAGAAGUUUCAGCUGUUUCAAGAUCAGCCUCUCAUGAUAAUUUCAAUAUACUCAUACAUCUCAAGGCUCCUGUUACAAGUGGAAGGCAUAAUGGCAAGAAUAAUCAUGCUGAACUUCCACAAAUGAAUCAGAAUUCUCGUGCUCCAGUUGAUCUUGUGACAGUGCUUGAUGUUAGUGGUAGCAUGGCAGGAACAAAGCUUGCUUUGCUAAAACGAGCUAUGGGAUUUGUGAUUCAGAAUCUUGGCCCCUCUGACCGACUUUCUGCCAUUGCCUUCUCAUUCACAGCCCGCCGCCUUUUUCCUCUUCGACUCAUGACUGAUGCUGGAAGGCAGGAAGCAUUGCAGGCUGUUAAUUCUUUGAUCUCUAAUGGUGGGACAAACAUUGCAGAAGGUCUAAGGAAAGGUGUCAAGGUGAUAGUGGAUCGAAAAUGGAAGAAUUCAGUUGCCAAUAUCAUUCUAUUAUCUGAUGGACAGGAUACAUAUACUGUCAACAGUCCUAGUGGAACGCAUUCUAGAACAGAUUACAAGUCACUUCUCCCAAUAUCAAUUCGUCAGAAUGGUGGCACAGGCUUCAAGAUUCCUGUACAUUCAUUUGGGUUUGGCACAGACCAUGAUGCCACUUCAAUGCAUUCAAUUUCUGAGAUUUCUGGGGGCACAUUUUCUUUCAUAGAAGCUGAGGAUGUUAUUCAGGAUGCAUUUGCACAGUGCAUUGGAGGGCUCCUGAGUGUGGUAGUGCAGGACCUAAAUGUCAAAGUUGACUGUGUUGACCAGAAUUUGCAUAUUGGUUCUAUAAAGGCAGGUAGUUAUCGAACCAGUAUCAUGGGCAAUGCAAGAAUGGGUACUAUUGAUGUUGGAGACCUGUAUGCGGAAGAAGAAAGGGACAUUCUAGUGACAAUUAAUAUUCCAGUUGAUAGGUCCAUUGGUCAGAUGUCAUUGCUGAAGGUUGGAUGUGUAUACAAAGAUCCAAUUGCCAAACAUGCAGUGACUUUGGAGGGAGCUAGUGAAGUCAGGAUACAGAGGCCUGAAAUAAUCGGAGCACAAAUAAUGUCGAUAGAAGUGGAUAGGCAGCGAAAUAGGCUUCAUGCAGCAGAGGCAAUGGCUGAGGCUAGAGUUGCUGCUGAAAAUGGUGAUCUAAUUCGUGCAGUCUCCAUCUUGGAGAGCUGCUAUAAGUCAUUGUCAGAAAGUGCAUCUGCACAGGCUGGUGACAGAUUGUGUGUUGCAUUGUGUGCUGAAUUGAAGGAAAUGCAAGAAAGGAUGGCAAACCGUCAAGCAUACGAGACAUCUGGAAGGGCGUAUGUCCUAUCAGGUUUGAGCUCACACUCAUGGCAGAGAGCAACUGCACGAGGUGAUUCUACUGAUAGUGCAAGUCUCGUGCAAGCUUACCAAACCCCAUCCAUGGUCGAUAUGGUAACCAGGUCUCACACUAUGUUGUUAGGCAAGCCAUCAUCUCAUCCAAAGCUCCGACAAGCUCUGUCAUUCCCAGCUGCUAGACUGCAACCCAGGUAACUGGCUGCAGGAUCUCUGAAAGUCCUCCUCACUCUACAUUCAUCUAUUCUAUAUCCAAGUACCUUUUUGUCUACUUACUUUUUGCUUUUUCAUUUUUGUUUCUCUUCUGUUGUAUGGGAAUUGGGCUAGACCAGAAAGAGAGGGAGUUUAUAUUCAAAAUUGUGGUUUUGCUAAUGUAAAUGAAUAAAAAACUGGAGGGGGAAUAGCUGAGAUGCUUUUAAAAGAAAAUGGUAAAAGGAAAAAGGAAAAGUUUGGGGUUAGGGUUUUAGAUAUUCCCAUUAAGGGUUGAUGUACAUAAGGAGAAUUGGUGUUUUUUAAUUUCCUAAGAGGAAGUGGGGGUAUUGACAUGCAACUGUGGGGAUAGUUGAGGUGAAUUCUUCUCUUCAAUAUAUGAUAUGAAAUAUCUGGUCUUGAUUCUUUUCAA